AUCCUAAAAAUCAAGCUGAAGUUAAAACAACAGUAGAAAGUUUUGGCCGUGCCAGCUCCGCUGAAAAUCAUGUGGAACGAAAAGCAAAAAAUGAGCUUAAAUACCUCAAAGAUACCAUCAUAGAUCUGGAACACGGAAUGAGAAUCGAUACAUCGGAUUCAAAUUGUUCCGAUACUUUACCCAGUAAUGUACCAAUAAAAAAGAUCCACAAGUCUAAAAAGAAGCGUAACGUUAUCCGUUCGUUGAACGUUGACUUUGUAGCCAGAUCAUUUACUCAAACAAGUGACCUUCUGCAACUGGAGGGGCAUUCGUGUCAAAAAAUAUCAUCUCGUUCUAGUAAUGUUGUCGGGAGCUUCAGUCAGGUUACUGACUGCGGUUGUUAUAUUCCCAACAUUGCGGACAUAGUUGUGUUGUGGGAGCUUCAGUCGGGUUUACUGAUUGCGGUGUUAGAAAAAGCAUAUUGGUCUUGUAUCAUCGAAAGAUGGCAUAUG